GCCGGCUCGGCAGCCGCCCGGGGCAGCGGAGCAGACCUGCCGCGCCUUCCUUCCUGCGGAGCCCGUGGGACAGCGGUGGCAGCAGCAUGACUUCGGCGGCGGUGGAAAUUUUGGGGCUGGGACUGGGCAUCCUGGGCUGGGUGGGGGUGAUCCUGGCCUGCGGGUUGCCCAUGUGGCAGGUGUCGGCCUUCAUCGACGUGAACAUCGUGGUGGCGCAGACCAUCUGGGAAGGGCUGUGGAUGAACUGCGUGGUGCAGAGCACGGGACAGAUGCAGUGCAAGGUUUACGACUCCAUCCUGGCGCUGCCGCCCGAGGUGCAGGCGGGCCGGGCGCUCACCGUCAUCGUGGCUCUGCUGGGGCUGGUGGCGCUGAUGGUGACCGUGGUGGGCGCGCAGUGCACCAACUGCAUCCGGCCCGGCAAGAUGAAGUCCCGCAUCGUGAUCGCCGGCGGGGCCAUCUACAUCCUCUGCGGGGUCCUGGUCCUCAUCCCGCUCUGCUGGUUCGCCAACAUCGUCAUCAGCGACUUCUACGACCCCACCGUGCCGUCGUCCAAGAAGCGGGAGAUGGGGGCCGCGCUCUACAUCGGCUGGGCGGCCACGGCCCUCCUGCUCUUCGGGGGCUGCCUCAUCUGCUGCUGCUCCUGCUCCCAGCGCGACGACACCUCCCUCCCCGUCAAGUACUCGGCGCCGCGGCGGCCCACGUCCAACGGCGAGUACGACAAGAAGAAUUACGUCUGAGCGGGGCUGGCUCGCCCCGCGGCCCCGCGGGGCACGGACAGAGGGCUGCGGCCCGGGAGCGUCUGCGGGGAGCUCCAGCGCUCCCCUGCCUGGAGGCUUUUCUUAGCGGGGACCCCCGUGAAGCGGCGGCCCUAGGCAGGGCAGCGCCCCGCUGCCCUCCAGCCCGACUCCCCGGCGGGUCC